AUGUCCUCCAUCACAACGCGCGAGACGCCUGCGAUGCGAAUCCAGCGGCUGAAAGAAGAGCAGCGCCAGCAACAAGCCGGGGUUGCGCCGUCGCUGCCUCGAGGGGUGGUGUCCGAUGCUCUCUACAGCGCCCCUCCGGCGAAUCUCUUCAAGCCUCCGGCCGACGAGCCCGUCGCCACCGGCACGAAAAGGAAAGCCGGCGAGGCAAGCAAGCUGAAGAAAGACAAGAAAGGCAAGAAGAAGGAGAAGAAGGCCAAAAAGAGCAAAAAGGACAAGAAGGACAAGAAGAAAAAGGGAAAGAAGGGCAAGAAGGACAAGAAGAAGAAGGCCAGCAGUGACUCCUCGGACUCAUCGUCCUCCGAUGACUCAGACUCCUCCUGA